UGCCUUUAAAAAUAUCCUGUAAGCUCUCGGAUUGUUUAGUACAAUAUUUAAAAUAGAAUAGUCUAACUUUAUAAAUGACCCUAGAAUUAAAGUGUAUGUGAGUGAGUUAACACAGCGCGCUGACCAUUUUUAUUGGUAUUUGUUUUGCUAUAAUAAUGGUAGCUUCCUGUUUUGAGCCCACACUAGACAGGAGCUUACGCUUAUGUCACUGCACGCAUGAGCGUCUGAAGAGAAUGGCGAGGUUUCUAAACCGUAACAUAAGGACUGUUUUGACCACACAGAUCAGAAUGUCGUCCGACCAGCUAGGAGAACUGGGUAAAGGUGCUGGCAAAGGAGGUGGUGGUGGAGGUGCGGUGAGGGAGGCAGGAGGUGCCUUCGGGAGGAAACAAGCAGCUGAGGAGGAGAUGUACUUCAAACGAAAAGAGCAAGAACAAUUGGCUGCCCUAAGAAGACACCACCAGGAAGAGAUUGACCACCACCAAAAGGAGAUAGAGAGAUUACAACAUGAAAUCAGUCGCCAUGAGGGCAAAAUCAGAAAACUUAAAAAAGAUGACUGAGACGAAUCUAGACAUUACAUUUCAUAGACAAACGCCCCACACAGAAGGUUUCAAAUGGGAUUGAAUAAUUAUAAAUGCAUUAUUUUUAUUAAGCAUUUGUGAUGAAAGCAUAUUAUAAUACAGAUAGAACUUGAACACUGAAAUGAUACGUGUAUUUAAUCAGUGCAGUUUCUCCUCUUCACAAUAAACAUAAAAUUGUGUCUCAAA